UUUAGUCCGCUGGCAAAAUUGAGCAAAACAUUGAAUUUAAACGCUUUAAGUCAAUGCAGCUGUAGCAGUUUGUGAAUAAAAUAAAAUUUUUAAAGUGCAGAAAACUAUUUGCUGUUGUAGACAGAAAAUACUCUUCACUGGCCAACUGGUGAAACGUCUUCGAACUAAGAUGAAACAACGCGCUGCAGCAAAUAGCAACAACAACUCGUUUACCAGCGACAACAGCAAUAACAGCAGCAGCAAUAUUAACAAUAACACCAGCUUCGGGCAGCAACAGCAGCAGCAGCAAUUGCAGGCAUCGACAACAGCUCAGAAACAGCAAAAACAGCUGUCAAAAUCAUCGCAAAUUGUAACGGAGUGGGAUGACGGCAUUAUCUUUGAUGUGGAUGAUCCGGACUUUUGCUCCGGACCCCCGGCAGUCAUUAUUGACAAGUUGACAACAGCCACAAAUAGCUGCGCUGCUGCGUUAAGGAAUUUAAAUUUUAUUGUACCAACAACAACAGCAACAAUGUCGAGUGCCAGCGUACAUGCCCCCCAAAUUGCCGACAUUUGCAGUCCAUUGGCUCAUCACAACUUGGGUCUGUCUGCCUCGUUGCCCGAUUUGGUAGGCAGUCCGUUGGAGAUCAGCAUGGACAGUGUGCUGACCAUUGAGGAGUUGCGUCAGCAUCUGGGCUCCUGCUUCACGUGCGGCGUCUCCUGGACCGAUGAUCAUGUCUCACUCGACUGCAGCGAAUGCGGUGGCUAUAGCCUCGAUCGUCCCUGCCCCCUCUGCGAUGGACAGUGUGCAGUGCAAUGGAAACGUGACUUUGCUAUGUCGCAUGCAUGUGGCAAGGCACGCUGGUUAGGUGUUUGCCUCAGUUUUCCGGAGGCAAUGGCAAUGCAGCAAAUGCCCGUAGCAGCCACAGCUUCGGCAACAUCCUGUGCCGCUGCCGCGGCGAAUCAGUUGCGUCUCGCACAGGAACUGUGCUCGCGUCUGGAGCAGCUGUCGACGUCGACUAAUAAAAUUACGCGCAUCUAAAGAAAAAGGCGAUCUCUCGCCUUGCAGCGUUUAUAUACAGUACAGUGUUCCUUUUCAAACAACUGAAGUUUUGGCGCCACCUAAAACACACACAAAAGUAUCAUCAACAUCAUCAGCCAUGAGCCAACAAACAACAAGUCCACCACAUUUUAUUUUUAAUGCUGCAUUAGCUGCUCACUCAAACGCAGAGAGGAGGCGAGAAAGAAAGAGGGAGAGAGAGUGGGAGCGAGUGGGGAAUCUCUCACUUCAUAUUUAAAUUUUAGUGCUUAAUUAACUAAGGUUUUUUUUUUAUAAGUUCUUAGCGUUUUUAUUUCUUUUCUUAUACGCAAAAAAAUGUUAAUGUUGUUGUGUAUGCGUUGAGUUUUCAUAGCUUGUGUUGAAUUAGCGUUAAGCAGUUAAUUAAUUAUUUGUUUACACUGUAAUUAUGGCACCACACACACACAUACACGCACACGCACAUGGAUACACACUCAUACACAAACACACAGACACGCGCAUACAUCAAAAAGAAGAGACUACAUUUAGCUUGAGCUCAAAUCGAGCUCUGCAGUGAUAACGGUGAUAUUAGCCAGAAAAUGAAAAAAACACGAAAAAUGUUUUGUAAUCAAAUAGUGAAUUUAAUAUUUGUAGCUAAAGAGAGAGUCCAACGAUCUAAAAAUAUAAUUGUUAACAUUUUA